AUGAGAGUUCACACUGGAGAGAAGCCUUUCAUCUGCCAACAUUGUGGAAAGAGUUUCAAUGAAAAAGGAGUCCUUAACAGACACAUAAGAAUUCACACUAGAGAGGGAUAUUUUGCGUGCCAACAGUGCGGAAAGUCUUUCAAUGGAAAGGGAAGCCUGAAAGACCACAUGAGAGUUCACACUGGAGAGAGGCCACACAUGGGAAUUCACACUAGAGAGAGCUUGUUCACCUGCAAACAGUGUGGAAAGCGUUUCAGACAAAAUGAAAACCUGACAGUCCACAUGAGAAUUCACAAUGGAGAGAGCCAAUUCACCUGCCAACAGUGUGGAAAAAGCUUCACUACAAAAGCAAGCCUUAAAAUCCACAUGAGAAUCCACACCGGAGAGAUGCCUUUUGCCUGCCAACAGUGUGGACAAAGUUUCAUUCGAAAGUGUGGAAUGAGUUUCACAGACGAGAGUCACCUUAAGAAUCAUGUAAUAACUCACAUCGGAGAGAAGCCUUUCAUGUGCAAUUACUGUGGAAAGCCUUUCAAACACAAAUCAACCCUUGAGAUCCACUUGAGGGUUCACACUGCAGAGAAGCCUUUCACCUGCCCUCAGUGUGGAAAGAGUUUUGCAAGUAAAGGAAGUCUUGAGGUUCAUGCGAGGGUUCACACCGGAGAGAAGCCUUUCAAGUGUCCUCGAUGUUGA